AAACACACAAUGUCUGAGUGUGAGGAGAAGAAAAACACGCCGCAGCCGACGUUAGGUUCGAAGCAUGAACACAACGGAGUCUCUGUGAACCCCAGAGCGGUUUGUAACGUGUGUAAACGCUUGUACCGGGACCCGAAAAUCCUCCCGUGCCUGCACACCUUCUGCUCAGACUGUGUCGGCCAGCUGGAGCCCUUCUCUUCUCGCAGCCAACGGGACGACGCGGAAACCAGCAGCAGCAGCAGCCGGGGCGAAGCGGCGGGGGAGGACCGGGCCGCCGUCACCGUCACGGUGCUCUGCCCUGACUGCGACUCCGAGGUGGACCUUCCUCCGUCGGGACCGGCCGGACUGAGCACCGACCACUUGGCGUUGGACGAAGUGUUCCUGGAGACCCUGGUGACCGACGGCCCGCUGGGAUGCGACCUGUGCGGCGAAACAGGCGCCGAGAACCGCUGCGACGUCUGCUCCGUCAACCUGUGCGCGUUCUGCUGCCAGGCGCACAGGCGUCAGAAGCGGACAGCGUCUCACUCCGUUCAGUGUCUGGAGGAGCUGAAGUCUCGAGGUCGCCUGUGCCGUCCCGUCCUCUGCUCCUUCCACCCGGGCCAGGAGCUGCGGCUCUUCUGUCAGCCCUGCGACCUGCCCAUAUGCCUGGAGUGCGCCGCCACGCUGCACCGCGACCACCGCUGCUGCCCCACCCACGAUGUCAUCGAUCGUCAUGGUGACCGCAUUCGGGAGCUGGUCACGCUGCACCUGAGACCUCGGACGGAGCGUCUGAAGGAAUCUCUGCAGAAGGUGGAGGUAUCCCAGGAGGCUUUGCAGGCUCGUGUAGAUGCAACAGCGAACGAGGUGAGGGCGUUUGCACGAGCAUAUGCCAGCGCUGUGGAGGCACACUGUCUGUCUCUGCUGCACCGCCUGGAGGAGCUCCGCGUCCAACGCAGGAACCAGCUCCACCUGCAGAGGGCGCAGCUGCAGCAGGCUCUGCUGGAUAUCGGCGGCGGCGUGGAGUUCGCAGAGAGACUGCUGAUGUGUGGCUCGGACACAGAGAUCCUCAGCGCCAAAGGGGUGACCCUGAGGAGGCUGACCAGCCUGGCGGAGAGCGGCUACAACCCCCACCCGGCAGCCGUUGCCCCCGAUGACGGCAACGGUAUCUGCUUCAUAGCCAAAGUGCCGGCAGGGGAGGUGGACGGAUACCCAGUGAUCGGGGUCAUUAACUCCAAGACAGUGGACCUCAGCAAGUGCACCAUCGAAGGUGAAGGUCUGCAGAGGGGCCGGGAGGGUCAGCAGGGCAGCUUCACCCUGGUGUGCCGAGACUCUGCUGGGGAGCAGGUGGAGAGAGGUGGAGAUCAUGUUCUGGUCAGCAUCGUUCACAAAGAGAAGAAGAACUGCUUGGUGGAGACAACAGUGGUUGACAACAGCGAUGGAUCCUACAGUGUUUCAUACACACCUGAAGAACCUGGAGCCUACUCAGUGUGGGUUUGUGUCAAAGCUCAACACGUCAAGGGUUCUCCGUUUCCUCUGAACGUGAAGAGGAAGUUGAGGCGCCACAGCGGGACGUUUCACUGCUGCUCUUUCUGCUCCAGUGGAGGAGCCAAAGAGGCUCGCUGUGGCUGUGCAGGAACCAUGCCAGGAGGAUUUAAAGGUUGUGGUCACGGUCAUAAAGGACACCCCGGGAAGCCCCACUGGUCUUGUUGCGGCUGCACAGUGGAGCAGUCUGAGUGUUUGCCUCAGAGCGUGCUGGCCGCAGUUUCCCCCCGCGGCCACCUGCGGACAGUGGAGCUGUGAGGGGACAUAGAGACGAGGACCUGUCCACAGGAUGCACGUUAAUAAUGGGCGGGAGAAACAGAAAGGUCAGAGUGCCCUGAAAACCUUGGUGUGAAUCCUGAAAAGGUCAGAAAUGGAAAGUGAGGCAGGACUUUUCAUUGUUUGAGACAAACAUCAGACUGAGAGCUAAAGACUGAAGCUGCGUCUACACUAAUAUGUUUUCAUUUGAACACAUAACUUUAUCCACAGUACUCCAGCAAUCCCCUAAAACAGAGACUUCUGAAAACUCUGGAUUGUGUUUUAGUGAAUACAGGCUGAACUAUAAUGCAGACUCUUGCAUUCGCCUCCUGCUUUUCAAUCAUGACAGUGUAUUUUCACUCUUGUCCCAUCCUAUCCUGACAAAAGAACUCCUGUUAAGUCCCAAUGAUCCCAUGAAAAAGUAACACAAAAAGUUUUAUCUUGUACCAAAAUGCCUUUUCUAUCAGGCACAAAAGCAUAAAAAAUACAUUGGCCAGGUUUCCCUUCACUUUUUCUUCUUGAAAACUCCGGAAUGUGUUUAAGUCCUGACUUGGAGAAAUGGUAACUUUUGAAAACUAUAAUGCAGACUGGUGGAUUUGCUUCACUUUCAGUCAUAACCUGUCCCGUCAUCAGCAAAGACUCCUGUCCCGUGCUGUUGGCGUAUUAAAAUCCAAAAUGCAUUUCCCAAAGGACAUAAAAACAUAAAAAAACACAAUGUCCAGAGGUCCGUACAGCUUUUCUUAUAACUGGCCAAUUGUUAGAUCCCUGUUUCUCACACUUUUGGAGGUAUGAAGUCUGUCAGUGACUAUUAUUAUUUAUAAAUGGACCUACUGUUACUAGGAUUCCUGAGAAAAUGUCAGCCUCUAAUUCUGACCCUUUUCCAAAACACAACAAACAACAUCAUCUUCGUAACCACGUAUCUGAACUCGGGUCGCAGGAGGCUGGAGCUGAUCCCAACUGGAAUUGGGCAAGAAGUGGGGUGCCACCUGGACAGGUCGCCAGGCUAUCACAGGGCUGACACACAGAGGCAGACAACCAUUCACGCUCUCAUUCACUCCUACAGGAAAUUUAGAGUCACCAAUUGAACCUAAGCUGCAUGUUUUUGGACUGUGGGAGGAAGCUGGAGGACCCGGUGAGAACCAUACUGACACAGGGAGAACAUGUAAACUCCACACAGAAGAGCAGCAAACUGGAUUUUAACCUGCGAUAUAUUUAUAUGGAUACAUAUAUAUAUAUAUCUAUAUAGAUAUAGAUAUGGAUAUAGAUCAAUAACUGACUAACUAUUAUGAUUCCUGUCCAGACCUCAGCCUUGAUUCAACACAUAUCAAGAAUUAGACGAGCUGCUGACCUUGUUGUUCAUGUCAGUCAUUUUGCUUUUUUUCAAAGCUACGUGUGCAGAAGGAAAGAUUUUAUUUGAGCCAUUACAGACCAUUGCUGUGGCCAGAACUGGCCAUGUGAUAUAUGUUUUCAGGUAUGUUAACAUGAGUUUGUUUCUUGUUAUUUCUGAAACGAUGCUAAAACAUUCACGUGGAUGGAAAUCAUUUAAUAAUUUUUUUUUGUCUGAAGAAUGAAAACAUAUAAACAUGGACAUGGCCUGUGCUUCAGAGUGCCUUUUGUGUCAAAGCUCUGCCUGUGAGAAGGCAAAUGAAAAGCUGCAGUGUGUGUUGCCUCCUGAAUCAAACUUGUUAAAAGCCUCGCUGAAGGCAAAUCAAUCGAUCUGAGCAGAGACGGAGCACCGGACGUCCUUUUACCUUAAAACUGCUGAAAUCACUGUUUUAAAUCUCAAAUAGAACCACUGAGAAUCACCAGACUGUUGAACUGUAUUUAACUUUUUUGUAUUUUUUUGUAUCCUUCAGUAUCUUUUUUUAAAUAUUGUGCCUCAAAAACACAAAAAAUAUGAAAAAUAAUUUUUAUUAAUCUUCACUGAUUGUUGUUAUUUGAAAGUACACUGAAAAAGAGAAGCUGUGAUCCAGGAUAACCCAUCAUGUUUAUAGUUUAACAUAGAAUCAGGUUUAUUGCCAAGUAGGUUAAAUACAAGAAAUAUGCCUUUUUGUUUUGGUGCAUAACAAUAAACAUAGUUAUAGAAAAUCAAAGACAAAACAUGAAUAAAUAGGAAAAACUGUCAAGAAAAAAUUAAAAAGGAAUUCUUAAAAGGAUAAUAUGAUGGAUGGUUUCGUACAGUAAUUACAGUAAUCCAGUAAGUGAUUCUGGAGUCAUUACUGGUAUAAAAUAGAGCCUGCCAGAUAAAAUAUUAUCAGCCAAUGUUCAGAUAAUUGCAGAUUAUUUGUAUCAGCAAAUAUCUGAGCCAAUAAGAAGCAAUAAAUUACAGAACUGAAAUUCUGAUGAUUUGUUUCGGGUGAUUUUCCAACAGAGAGCACAGACGGUGAGUCUAUAUUCUAACUUUAAAAUGCCCUAAUAUGAAUACCUUGUUCAUUACUCUUUCAUGUAUAUCCAAAUGUAAGGUAACCUUUUCAAAAUGUUUGUUUUGAAGAAAUCCAAGUAGUGAAACUGUUGUGUUCUAAGAAAUAUAUUUUAAUGUUAAUUCAUGAUACAUUAUUGGUAAAUCAACAAAUUUCCCCAAUAAAUACCAAGUAAUUAGAGUACUAUUAUUAUUUCUUCUUUAUUAUUUCUUCUACUUCAGGUGUCAAAUAAAUGCUUAAGAUACCAGUAGCCUUAACGUGUUACAGAAACCAAUGAAAUACUUCAUUUGAAACAUUUUUUGCUAUUUCAUUCGAUUCCCGUCAUGUGAAUAAAAACAUUUAAUAUCAUGAAAUGCCACCAGCAGCAUUAAACCUCAUCCAGAUUUAUUUUACACACGACCAGAUCUGGGCACAAAAGUAUCAAAUGUUAUUUGACUGAAGAAGUUUUGAUACUACUUACUUGAAACCAACCUUUGCUUUAAAUAAUUACUUUUUAUUUAUUUAUUUUUUAAAUCACUGCAAAUUAUCUAGUAAAACUUGGUAAUGAUUAUAUGAAAUAGAAGCAUUUGCACCAGUGACAGUUUGAAACAUCAAUCAAUUUUACUUGGAAUGUUGUUAUGAAACAUAAUUUUGGUUGUUUAUUGCAUCAUAAUGUCAAAUUUAAUGUGAUGAAAAAGUGAAACGGUUCAUUUACGGUAUGUUCUGUAUAUGAAUAUGUUAUUUACCACAAGUGUAUGGUGAUAGAAAAGCUUAAAAAUGCUUGCAAAGUGACUGGAGAAGUUUUGAUUCUACUCACUACUGAAGUAAUAAUUUUAGUCAAUACUUUAUACUAAAACCCAUCCUUUACUUCAAGUAAUAAUUUUUUUUCCUCUCCUUUUUUAAUCACUGCAAAUUCUCUAGUAAAAAAUUUUAAUUAUUGUGUGAAAUAGAAGCAUUAGCACUAGUAACUAUAUUUUUGUGUAAUAUUCAGAUUAUAAAUACUUACCCACCAAAUAGUGUGAUAUAGUAAAAAACAAAUACUAUUUACUGCACCUAAUAGGCCUUAAAGAUAUUUCACCUACAGUUGGUUAAAAUAUCUUUAUCUUUUCAAUAGCUAGUAAAUAGAAUGCAACCAUACUCUUAUUAUGAUUAUAAUCCAUUGAUUAGUAAAUGAAUUCCCCUGCUCUGUUUGUGGAUAUUUGUGUUUUAAUUGUCAUAUUCACAGCAGGAAGGUGAGCUGAAUCCAGACAGCAGAGCCUGUAAACUCAUUAUUCUUCAGACUGUUUAAUAAUGUGAAUCACGACCUGUGGCUUCUGCUCUGAGCACGUAAAGACUUUACAUAUCAAUCUCAAGUGUAUUCGUGUUUUUAAUGAGGAGAAAUUCUGUCAAACCUGCACAGAAUCCUGUUUUCUCUCCAGUUUCAUUAACAGCCCGACUCACUUUAUCUGUGAAACACUGUGACCUGCCUCCUGUCUGAGCACAGAGCUGCUCCUCUCCAGAGCCCGUGGCACCGCGCCGACUUAAACACACGACCCCGGAGCUCAUAAUGAGCCUCUGAAUGCCUUUGUGUAUUUUCUGCAUCCUGAGUGUGAGUCCACAUAUCUUGUUUUUGUUUUUUUUUACUGCUAAUGAAGCGUGAAAUAGACCUAUGCAAAUACUUGAGGACUAAUCUUUUUUAUCUGUAGUCCAAUAAUCAACACGUUGCUGCUGCUCACACUCACUGUAAAUUAAUCUAAUUAGUGUUUUAUUCUGCUUCACAUUUCACUUGUUACUGAAACUUUUAAG